AUGCCCAGCAUUAGCACUCUGCGGUACUUGGGAGCUCUGGCUGGCGCUUCGGCUUUUAGCGCCUCCACAGCCCCAGCCCACUGCAAGGAGCAGCAUCGCAGCAGCGGCGUAGAGAAGCUGCGCAUGCAGCAGCACAGGGAAGCUCCUCACUCUCCGGAUGUGGCGCAUUUGUUAGCUUCCCCUCCUCCUCUCUUGGGUCUCUGCAAAGAAGCAGAGUGGUGUGCGAGGAACAUGCUCACAGCCCUGCAGCUACGCUUGCGGCUUUUGAAGCUGGAGCCGUCAGAAGGAGACACCGCAGACACUGCUGCGCGAGGGGGCAAGAGGAAGCGCGUGGUGGUUGCGGGGGGCGGCUGGGCAUCUGCAUCCUUCGUACGGAAACUGGAUCCCCGGCAGUUCGAGGUGGUCUGGAUAUCUCCCCAAGAUCACUUUUCUUAUACCCCCCUCCUUCCCGCGGUGUGUGGGGGGUCUCUUCCCGUGGCUGCGUGCACGGCGAAGCUGCGAGAGCUCCUUAGCUUUGGCGGGAACACAACGGCAAGGGGCCAGUAUCAUCGAGCUUUCAUAGAUGCCGUGGAUCUGAACAGCAAGAAGGUGAUUUGCCGCCCGACGGAAAGCCCCGGGGGCCCUGGGGGGCCCCUGGGGGCCCCCUGGGAGGAGCCCUUCGACUACUUGGUGCUCGCGGUGGGCUCGAGCGUCAACACGUUCAACAUUCGGGGCGUGAGGGAGCACGCACUUUUCCUCAGAACUGCGGAAGACGCCCAGAGGGUGCGAGCGAGAAUUGGAGCCUGCCUGGAAGCGGCGGCCAGUCCUAAGAUCUCUCAAGAGGCGCGGGAGCGUUUGCUAACGUUUGUCGUUGUGGGAGCUGGCCCCUCGGGUGUCGAGGCAGCGGCGGAAAUCAAGGAUUAUUUGAGCUCGGAGGGCAAGCGGCUGUACCCGCAUAUCAGUCAGCACUUUAGAGUGUUGGUUGUGGAGAUGGGCCCUGCGCCUCUUCCCAUGUACGAUUCCAAGGUGCAGGAGGGCGUCAAGAAGACCUUCAAGAGGAGUGGGGUGGAGCUGCAUCUGAACACGCAAGUCAUCCAAGUCUCUGCGGGGUCUGUGACGACAAAGCGCGUAGCUGCCGCUGCCGCAGCGGCGGGGGGGGGGGGAGGAAGCAGCGGCGCCGGUGGGUCCGUGACUUCUGCAGGGGGCGCAGCAGGAGCGGGAGGCGCUUCGGCGCCUUCCACUUCCGUGGAGUCGAUCCCCACCAAUUUCGUGUUGUGGGCUUCCGGAGUGCGGCCCACAGAGCUGGCGACAAGCAUCGCGAAGGGGCUUGCCGCUCAGAACAGACCCCAGCGGUUGCUCGUGGAUCCCUCCUUGCGUGUGCUUGGAACGGAGGGCCUUUUUGCCUUGGGUGACUGCUGCACCAUUGCGCCCCCCCUUCUCGCUGACCAUGCGCAACAGCUCUUCGAGAUGGCAGUUGCAGACAACAAGCCCGGAAGUGCAGGCACCGACUGGCUGUUGACCAAUGGCGAGCGCCUCUCCUCGAUCUUCCCACAGCUGCACCCCAAACGCAACAAGCUCGAUAAACUUGCCCCCAAGAAUCACCUGGAUCUCCAGCGCUUCACAGAGCUCCUUCAGGAAAUCGACAAGCGCUACGUUAGUCCCGCACCAACCGCUCAGAAUGCGCGUCAGGAGGGCCAGUUUUUGGCACUUGUAUUCAACUGCUUCAUGGGCCCUGGAAGGGGUGCUGGAGGGGCCCCCGAAACUGCUGCUCCUCAGGCGCUACCCGCGUUUGUAGAGAACUGGAAAGGCUCGCUCUGUUUCUUGGGAAGCGGCACGGCGGCUCUGCAACUGCCUUUUGGCACAUACGUGGGAGGCUUCCCCUUCACUUUGCUGUGGAAGCUGGUUUAUUUGCAAUUGCAACCUAGCGUCAGGUCCUGCUGGCGCUGCUGCGAGGGCUGGAUCCAAAGUGCUGUCUUUGGCAGAGACAUUGCAUGCACAAUCCCUCCGCCUCCCAAGGAGGCAGAAUCUUUCCUGUAA